AGUCAAAGAAGCCCUCGAAAAGCUUACCACCGUGUCGGAUGGCAAGUCGAGACGAGGUCAAUUGAUGUAUGAAGAACUUCAGGGAGGAACUAAAAAAGAGGCAACCUAAGACUCGUUGUCAGUCCACGGUCGAUUACGCCAGACGUUUCAUGUCUGAGGAAGCCAUCAUCUGAAUGCGAGAAGCAUCCUCAGUAGAGCUGAAUGUACAAAAGCAAGCCUUGCAAUGGCAUUGUUGUUGCUUGUUGCAGUAUACCUAUAGAUAUGUUUGCUGGCGCCUGCACAGCCUUGCCAUAGUAUUAGGGUGUUUAGCCUCGCGGCGACUCGGCCAAUAACUUUCCGACCCGUCGUGCCAGAGGUCGAUGUUGAUCACGCUUCAUAUUCAUGCAUCCCGCUGUCGAGACAAAACCAAUAAUGCAAUAACGACUCCAUAUGAAUGCCUUAUGGGCUGAUUAUAUCAAAGAAGAGACUACCGCCCGUUGAGGGAACCAUACAAUGGCGUUUCCUCAAUCCGAGGACCCCUUCCUCGAAGUCCAAACAGAUGUCCAGUCGACCCUCCAAGCCACACGGCACCUCUUCUCCUCAUACCUGCGCAUCCGUACACUCUCGACAUCUGCCACAUCGCCCGAGUUGCAGCAGUCGCGUACCGAAUUACGCUCCAACCUCGAAACCCUUACUAGUGACCUCGCAGACCUCCUCGAGGCGGUAUCUGCCGUCGAAUCAGAUCCUUAUCGUUUUGGCCUUGAUGUAGCAGAAGUGCAACGUCGGAGGCAGUUUGUCAAAGAUGUGGGCGACGAAGUCGAGGGCAUGCGCCGUGAGUUGGAAGAUGUCACGUCCGACACGCAUAUCGCGGGACCUGCUGGAAAGCAACCCCAACACGCCUCAUUCCAAGAUGAUGCCAAUAUGGACGAUGAUCCGUACGGAGAAUUUGAGGCCCAGCAGCAGGCUACGAUCAUGGCCGAGCAAGAUGAGCAACUUGACGGUGUGUUCCAGUCAGUGGGCGUACUACGUGGUCAGGCCGAAGACAUGGGCCGAGAGCUUGAAGAGCAAGGACAUAUGCUGGACGAGGUAGACACGCUCGCAGAUCGCGUGGGUGGGAAACUCAACGUUGGUGUCAAGAAGGUGGGCGAAGUCAUCAGGAAGAACGAGGACAGCGUCAGCAGUUGCUGCAUUGCUGUGCUGAUCGUCGUUUUGAUCAUCCUGUUGAUUCUGGUUAUUGUCAUUUGAGGAUGAGGAACGUCCUCUAAAAAGGAAAAGACAAGGCAAAAGCGAAAGAGAGAGCCCUGCGGAUGAUUUAUCUAUCACCACAGAUUAUCCUAUUCUGAAGCAAGCGAUUAUG